GCAAUUCCAAACGCCCGCCGCGGAUUAUAUUUUGUAGUUUUAUUCGACUUAAACCGGCGGGGUUGUGAAGCAGAGGACGCUCCUCGUAGUCGUCGUCUUCGUCCUCGUCGUCGUCAAAGCCGAUUAAACGUUAGCACGUGCGUACAACGAGCCUGCACGAUGAGUGCAAAAAUUAAACAGCCAAAGGAGCACAAAGCUCGCAUUUGCUUAUGGGCCGACUUGACCGUGAAUAACAUGGACCUUUUGGAGCAAGCGGUGACAGCCCAUCAGUUACGCGAGACACUGUCAGAUGUCCUAGGUCUGAGGCAGCACAUGGAUGAAGAGAGGACCCAAGUUGAGUUGGAUUUGUAUUUCUACACGGUGCAGUUUGCACGUGAGCACAACUUUAACAAGGAACAAACGUCCGUUUUGUUCACAAUAGUCAAGCGGACACAUGAGGUCUGCACUGAGACUCCACUGGGGAAUUUGGAGCAGUGCUUCUCAUACUUCAGGGAGCUCGUGUUAUGCCAUGCAGUCAGAAGACCUCCAUUUAGCAUCGAUUUAUUCAAUGCCGAAGAGGUGAAACUGAUCAUGGAUUAUGUUGUAAACACUUACUUUCGACACUAUAAACUCUACAAGUAUGUCUUCACCCCAACGGUGCGUUUAGAUUUAUCGAUCUCGUACACGGGCCUGGAUGAAGAAUCCCCAUCCUCUCCAGACGCGGAUGCCAAUGAAGGGGGUGACAAUGAAGGGGACAAAGUAAGCCAAGACACGGACUGUAUGGAACAAGGGCCUCCAGCUGUCAUUGCCAAUGAAGUUCCCGAACAACCUGCAUCCUCUGUAGAAGAGGAAAAGACUGAUCUGAAGAGCUACAUUCAGCGGGAGCUCUCGGCACAGCUUUCCCAUGUGCAUGCCACCAUCGCCGAACAGAUGAAGCAGAGCGAACAGCAGUUGGCUGAAAGGCUCGCCAGCAUCGAAGGGCGCAAUUCCAGCGGCAAGAAUUCCAGCAAGAGCAAUAGAAAAUGACAGACUCGGUGAAUAAUAGUGUUUCUCAAUGAAAUUUUAUCAUCGUUUAUGACACUGAGAGAACAUAAGUGCUGCAUUUGUUUGUUUUUCAUUCCACACGUGUACAUAAGGUGUACGUAGAGGGUUAUAAUUUCACAAAUGAAAUGUAAUCAACAAUAAUAGCUUAAAAUGCAUUUAGAUAGAUUAUUUAACUUCAAGAAACCAAUAUUGGGGACAGAGGAGACUUUGCAAAUGAUAUUUUCAAGUCAUACAUGAAAAAGCAAAUGUAAACCACAAUACGUAACAUCAUAUUAAAAUGCAACAGUUGUAAAAUAACAUUUUAACAGAAUUCUCAUACCCUGUGCUUAAGGGAAAUCAAUACAAGAACCCUUAUUUUAGAAAAUAUCCCCCCCCUUCUUGAAAUAUCUAAAAACUACUUUUAAAUAUUUUUCAAAAGUUUCUUUACAAAAUCAUGAUGAUUCUUGUCAUCAUUACACAAAUGCGUAAACAUGCAGCAAUGUAUCCAUUAGUAAGCAGUUGCUAUGCACCAUAUACCAACACUGGCCAUUACCACAAUUAGGACAUACUAAACAUAUGCUAUUGCAUUUGUAAAUUAAAAUUGGUUCCACAUUUAAAAA